AUGUCGCACCACAGCGACGAACAAGCGAUGCUAUCAGUCACCUCCGACUCGUUCUGGGAGCCUGGUAACUACAAACGGACCACCAAGCGAGUGGAUGAUGGACACCGGCUCUGCAGUGAACUGCAAGGCCUGGUGCAGGAGCGAGCUGAAAUAGAGAAGACAUACGCCAAAAGCCUUCGGGGCUGGGCGAAGAAAUGGAAUGACCUUAUUGAAAAAGGACCGGAGUAUGGCACGAUGGAGGCGGCGUGGAAGGGUGGUAUGGUGGAAGCCGAACGGCUGUCAGACCUCCACCUCAGCGUGAGGGACCGGCUCGUCAACGACGUCAUGGCACAGAUCAAGAACUGGCAAAAGGACACGUAUCACAAGUCAAUGAUUCAGCUUAAAGAACGUAAAGAAAUGGACGAGGCAUUCAAAAAAGCACAGAAGCCCUGGGCGAAAUUCUUGCAAAAGGUAGAGAGGGCGCGGAUGGAGUACCACACGGCGUGCAAACAGGAGAGAACAGCGCAGAACCAAGAGAGAAAUGCUAGUGGAGACAGCUCUUUGAGUCCUGACCAGGUAUGUCCAGCAAUAUACUAA